AAUCCUCCUGUUUGGCCGUGUGUUCCCCUACUCCCCUCUUUUUCUGAUAGCCACACCUACACAGGCACCCAAAAACGCUCUCUCUCUCUCUCUCUGUUCUCAUUCAUCUAUCCAUAUUUUCUAGCGGCCUGUUCUUGUCCAUUUCGUAACAAAAUCGUCAUCAAAGGAUAUGUAGUUUUAACAAAUCCAAUAAUCUUAUUCUCUUCCUAUAUUCCAAGUUUCCUCCCUCAAAUUUGCCCAUCAUCUUCUCAGAUCUUUGAGACAAAUUCCUUCACUGGUGCCCUAAAGGACCUUGUGUUUCUCAAAAUGGCCCACAUGCAAGGGGACAGAAGUAUUUUGGAUUCGUUUCCAGAAAAUAUUGAUCUUAAUCAGGGAUCCGUUUCAAAUAAUGCUUCCAUGGAUCCGACCACUCCCUGGGAUAGCUUUCUGAAUCCAGUAGAGAAUCGAUUGUCAAAUUCCAUGCUUUCUCCUGCUGGAAGAAAUCCUAGUUAUGCUAAUGGUGUUAAUUAUAAUUCUCAAAGCUUUAGUGGCUGGGAUCAAGGUGAGUCCAGCUCCACUGGUAAUUUGCAUGACUGCACACGUGGCAGUGACUUGAAAAUAGGACAAGGUUGGACUUCUUCAUCAAAUGAUUAUGUUAUGACUAAUUCAAGGUCAGAACGGCGAUUUGAACCUUCUAGUGUCUUUUCUACAAGUGGCUAUGGUGGCAAUCAUCUAAUUGGCAGGCCUCCUAGUGUAUCGUCAAACCUUCCCUCGGAUCAUAGUUUGAGUGUUGGAUACAAUAAUGAUGAUGGUCAGCUGGUCAUGCGAACAAGUGUACCUCCGUUUCUGUACAAAUCUGACAGGUCUGAAGUGGAGCGUCCUCCGGCUUUUGUUACAUCUGAUGAUAGUGGUACCCUUACAGGUAGUUCUGGUUAUUUGGCAGGGACCAGUAAUAUAUCAGGUUCUUCUAUGGAUAAUAAUUGGGGUUCAUCCUGCAAGCGCAAGGCCAUUGAAGGUAAUUCUGGACAUUCUUUUGCAGGUGGAAGUUCAAGCUCCAAUGCAGGACCUGCGAACAUUGUAGAGCAUAACUAUUCAAGUAGUUAUAAUGCUUUGAGCAGCUUAAGCAUACCACCCCCUGCUGCAAAUAUGCAGAAUGCUGGUUCUCUGGAGAAUACUUAUCCAAGAAAUGGGGUUGGUUCAAAUAUGUCUGCUUCUGAUGUGUUUCCUCCUCUAAAUGCUGGUGGAAUUGCAGAAAGCUCUGCUAGAAAUUGUGGUGUUAUAGCAAAUCUUGUGAAUCAGGAUCUCAUUACAUCUGGUUUACCACCGAUUGGCAGUACAAUAAGGCAGUCUAGUCUCAGCCCUGCCAAUAUGCCAUCUGGACCUGCCUCAGUAACGAGCUCUUUGGACUCGGGACGACCAUUUUCACUGCCAAUGAAUUCAGGUAACCCCGGAAGCCAGUCUCACAUGAUGCAUAUUCCUGGUCUUUCUAGAGGUUUUCACUCACUUCGCUGGGAUGCAUCUCCUAGUUCACGAGGUGGUAGUUCAUCAAUGAUUUCUGGAGAUAGAUAUGCUUCAUUGGGAGAUGGGGCUAACUUCAGUACUAUCAGAAAUAAUGGGGAGUCCCAUCCAUUUGUUCCUGUUCCUGAGACAAGAAAUAUGGUACUUGACCCCACAAAUUGGAGCUUAGCUACUGCAAAUGCAAACUCUUCUAGAAAUAGUCCUAGUUCUGCAGUGGGUCCUGAUUCAAGUGCACACAAUUCUUCUUCUGCAUGGACUAAUCAGAAUUCAGCAACUACUAGUCAUCAUAGAUUACCAGAAUUUGCUCCUUGGAUUCUCUUCCCACCAGUUGAGCCUGAGUCUGUUAGUCAGAGAGGUCAUUUUCCUCUGCCGUCUUCAGCUGCUUCUCCCUCAGAGGAGCCAGUGAUGUCUUCUCGAUAUAGUAGCCGUGGUAACCGUCAACCACAUCUUAGAUCAAGUUUGAUGGUUGAUCCAGGUGAAGAUGUGGAUGGUUGGCGUGCUUUAGCUGCUGAUGUUGAGGGUCGACACAGACUGAUUCGUCAAGUCUUGAAUGCUAUGCAGAGGGUCGAAAACUUGAGAUCAGAGGAUUAUAUGUUGGUUGAUCCGUUAAUCAAUGGAGUUGCUGAGUUCCAUGAUAGGCAUAGAGGCAUGAGACUUGACGUUGAUAAUAUGUCCUAUGAGGAACUAUUGGCAUUGGAAGAACGUAUAGGAAAUGUAAACACAGGCUUGAGUGAAGAAACCAUUUUGGUCAAUUUGAAACAACGGAAGCAUGGGUCUGUACGAGGACGGUCCUCAUCCAACUUGGAACCUUGCUGUAUAUGUCAGGAGGAAUACGCAGCUGGAGAUAUCAUGGGUAUGUUGGAUUGUGGGCAUGAGUUUCAUACUAAUUGCAUUAAGCAGUGGUUGGUGCUGAAGAAUACCUGUCCCAUAUGUAAGAUGACUGCCUUGGAACUUGAAAGAAUAACCUGAGACAGCUAUUUUUUUCGUCUUCUAUUUCCUCCGCCCCACUAAAGAAGACUUGUGAACUAAAACAUAAAAAUAAGGGAGGUUCUUGCAACCUAGUCAUACUAUACUAUGGCUCCUGAAAUUCUACUCAUGAUGGAACUGAAGGAGUUGUAAGUAAAAAGAUUUGACAGUGUGUUGAUACCCUAAUCUUAUUUUUGUUACAGACA